CUCACCUGUGCUCGCUGCUCGCCCUUUGGUGCGCGCCGGGGCCUCCGCAGCCCAGUGCCCUGACCGGCGCCGCGACCCGACGUCCCACCCGCCCACCCCGAGCGCCACCAUGAACUCGCUCUUCAAGAAGAGAAACAAAGGCAAAUACAGCCCCACGGUUCGGACCCGCAGCGUCUCUAACAAGGAGCUGUCAGAGCUGAUUGAGCAGCUGCAGAAGAAUGCUGACCAGGUGGAGAGGAACAUCGUGGACACGGAGGCCAAGCUGCAGAGCGACCUGGCCCGGCUGCAGGAGGGCCGGCAGCCGGAGCACCGGGACUCAGCCCUGCAGAAGGUUUCAGACUCAGAGAAGCUGCUGUAUGUGCUGGAGGCGGACACGGCCAUCGCUAAGCACAUGAAGCACCCCCAGGCGGACAUGAUCGCCGAGGACAUCUGUCAGCUGAAGGAGCGUGUGACCAACCUCCGCGGGAAACACAAGCAGGUCUACAACCUGGCAGUGAAGGAGGUGGACCCGCAGGUCAACUGGGAGGCGCUGGUGGAGGAAAAGCUGGACAAGCUGAGCAGCCAGAGCUUCGGGUCGGACCUGCCGCUGGUAGACCACCAGGUGGAGCAGCACAACAUCUUCCACAAUGAAGUCAAGGCCAUCAGGCCCCACCUGACCAAGGACGGGGGCAAGGAGCAGAACAGCGAACUCCAGGCCAAGUACCAGAAACUGCUGGCGGCGUCUCAGGCACGGCAGCAGCACCUGAGCUCGCUGCAGGACUACAUGCAGCGCUGCACCAAUGAGCUGUACUGGCUGGACCAGCAGGCCCAGAGUCGUAUGCAGUACGACUGGAGCGACUGCAACCUCGACUACCCCAGCCGCCGGCGCCAGUACGAGAAUUUCAUCAACCGGAACCUGGAGGCCAAAGAGGAGAGAAUUAACAAGCUGCACAGUGAGGGUGACCAGCUGCUUGCCGCCAAGCACCCCGGAAGGAAAUCCAUUGAGGCUCACAUGGAGGCUGUGCAUGCAGAUUGGAAGGAGUACCUGAACCUGCUCAUCUGUGAGGAGAGCCAUCUGAAGUACAUGGAAGACUACCACCAGUUCCACAAAGACGUGAAGGAUGCUCAGGAGCUGCUGCGCAAGGUGGACUCAGACCUGAACCAGAAAUACAGUCCCGACUUCAAAGACCAAUACCAGAUUGAGUUGAUGCUGCGGGAGCUGGACGACCAGGAGAAGGCUCUGGACAAGUACGAGCACGAGGUGCGGGGCCUGCAGAAGCGAGGGCAGCAGGUGGUACCCCUCAGGUACCGCCGGGAGACACCAUUCAAGCCCAUCCCCGUGGAGGCGCUCUGUGACUUUGAGAGUGACCAGGGCCUAAUCUCUCGGGGCUACAGCUACACCCUGCAGAGGAACAAUGGGGAGAGCUGGGACCUCACGGACAGCGCAGGGAAUGAGCUGACUGCCCCAGCUGUCUGCUUCAUGAUCCCUCCCACCGACCCCGAGGCCCUGGCUCUGGCCGACAGCCUGGGCAGCCAGUACCAGAGCCUGCGGCAGAAGGCAGCUGGGAGCAGAAGGGCGCUCCAGCAGCGGCAUGAGGUGCUGAAGGCAGAGAACUCUGGAGAUGUCUCUGACCUGCAGGGCCGGCAGCUGCUGGCCGGCUUGGACAAGGUGGCCAGCGACCUGGACCGGCAGGAGAAGGCCAUCACAGGGAUCCUGCGGCCGCCGCUAGAGCAGGGCCGGGCCGUGCAGGACAGUGCUGAGCGGGCCAAGGACCUCAAGAACAUCACCAACGAGCUGCUGCGCAUCGAGCCCGAGAAGGCGAGCAGCACGGCCGAGGGCGAGGCAUUCAUGCAGGCCCUCCCGGGCAGUGGCAGUGCGGCCCUGCUGAGGACGCGGGUGGAGGACACCCAGCGCAGAUACGAGCGCCUGGUGCAGCUGCUGGACGCGGCCCAGGAGAAGGUUGACAUCGCCAACCGCCUGGAGAAGAGCCUGCAGCAGGGCCGGGAGGUGCUGGCCUCAUACGAAAACCAGCUGGCCCAGGAGGACACGGUGCCCAAGAGUGGCCAUGCCCUGGACAGCAAGAGGCAGGAGCUGGCGGCCAUGGCCUCCGAGCUGCAGGCCCGGCAGGCCCUCCUCAGCGAGGUGGAGCAGAAUCUGCAGGCCGCCAAGCAGUGCUCUGGCUCGCUGGCCAGCCGCUUCCAGGAGCACUGCCCGGACCUGGAGCGCCAGGAGGCCGAGGUGCACAAGCUGCGCCAGCGCUUUGACAACCUCUGCCAGCAGGUGGAGGUCAGGGUCCAGAGCCUGCAGAGCACCCGGGCUGCUCACGACGCCUUCUAUAGUGGCCGCGACCGCCUGCUGCAGUUCCUGUCCCACAUCCCCAGCUACGAGCCCCAGGAGACAGACGGCCUCGGCCAGAUGGAGACCAAGCUGAACAACCAGAAGAACCUGCUAGAUGAGAUAGCAAGAAGGGAAGAGGAAGUACAGAAAGUCUACGCCCACUCCCAGCAGUACCAGCAAGCUGUCAAGGACUACGAGUUGGAAGCAGAGAAACUCAGGUCCCUCCUUGACUUGGAGAAUGGAAGAAGCAGCCACAUGAGCAAGAGGGCCAGGCUCCAGUCCCCUGCCACCAAAGUGAGGGAAGAGGAAACGGCUCUUGCUGCCAAGUUCACGGAAGUUAAUGCCAUCAACAGACAGAGGCUGCAGAAUCUGGAGUUUGCUCUGAAUCUCCUGAGACAGCAGGCUGAGGCAGGCAUGAGCCAUGAGGCCCUGCCCAGGGGCAAGCCGGGCUCCGAAGUAGAGGAGACGUGGAAGAUUCAGAGGGAGCUGGACGAGGAGGCGGAGCGGAGGCAGCAGCUGGAGAAUGAGGUCAGGAGCGCCCAGGAGGAGAUCCGGACCCUGCAGAACCAGAGCCCACAGGAAGCAGUGGUGAGGAAGGUGCUCAAGAAGGUGCCAGACCCCACGCUGGAGGAGAGCUUCCGGCAGACGCAGCAGACCCUGGUGGAGGAGCAGUGCAAGAACCAGCUGCUGCAGAAGGAGCUGGAGGCACUGCAGCUGCGGCUGUGCGCCCUGGAGCAGGAGGCCAGGGAUGGCGGGCAGGAGUACAUGGUCAAGGAGGUUCUGCGCAUCGAGCCGGACCAAACCCAGGCCAACGAGGUCCUGAGGCUGCGGGAGGAGCUGGAGGAGCUGCGGCGGCAGAAGGGCACCCGGGAGGCAGAGGUGCUCCUCCUGCAGCAGCGCAUCGCAGCCCUGGCCCAGGAGAAGAACCAGGUGCGGGAGAAGGUCACCGAGAAGGAUGUGGUGAAACUGCAGAAUGACCCCCAGCUGGAGGCAGAGUUCCGGAAGCUGCAGGAGGACCAGCAACGGGAGCAUCAGCUCAGGGAGAAUCAGGAGGAGGAGCUGAGCUUCCUCCAGGACAAGCUGAAGAGGCUGGAGAAGGAGCGGGCCAUGGCUGAGAGCAAGAUCAUCAUCAAGGAGGUGCUCAAGGUGGAAAAGGAUGUGGCAACCGAGAGGGAGGUGGGUGACCUCAAACGCCAGUAUGAGGACGAGGCCGCCAAGGCUCGUGCCAACAAGAGGGAGAAAACGGGGCUGCUCCGAAAGAUCUGGGCCUUGGAGGAGGAAAAUGCCAAAGUGGUCGUGCAGGAAAAAGUGCGGGAGAUCGUCCGGCCAGACCCCAAGGCAGAGAGUGAGGUGGCCAACCUCCGCCUGGAGCUGGUCGAGCAGGAGUGCAAGUACCGGGGGGCCGAGGAGCAGCUGAAGAGCUACCAGAGCGAGCUGGAGGUGCUCCGGAGGCGGGGCCCCCAGGUGGAGGUCAAGGAAGUGACGAAGGAGAUCAUCAAGUACAAGACUGACCCCGAGAUGGAGAAAGAGCUUCAGAGGCUCAGGGAGGAGAUCAUCGACAAGACCAGACUCAUCGAAAGGUGUGACCUGGAGAUCUACCAGCUGAAGCAGGAGAUCCAGUCCCUGAAAGAGGCCAAACCCCAGGUGCAGACCAAGGAGGUGGUCCAGGAGAUCCUGCAGUUCCAGGAAGACCCCCAGACCAAAGAGGAAGUGGAGUCUCUGAGGGCCCAGCUGUCACAGGAACAGAAGAAGCAAGUGGAUCUGGAAAUAGAGAGGGUGUCCCAGGAGGAAAAAAUCAAACAGAAGGAGGAGGAGCUUUCCCAGGUGAAGGAGAAGAUGGUCCAGCAGGAGGUCGUCAGGUACGAGGAGGAGCCGGGCCUGCAGGCCGAGGUGAACGCCUUCACCGAGAGCAUCGACGCGGAGCUGCAGCAGAUCGAUGGCCUCCGCGGGGAGCUGCAGCAGCUACAGCGCAGGCGAGCGGAGCUGGAGUGCCAGCUGGAGGAGCUGGAGCGCGAGCGGCAGACACGCAGGGAGGCCGAGCUGGAGGUACAGCACCUGAAGCAGCGGCUGGCCCAGCUGGAGGAGGGGGAGGCCCGGGAAAAGGUGACCCUCAAGCAGAAGGUGGUGCUGCAGCAGGACCCCCAGCAGGCCCGGGAGCACACCCUGCUCGCGCUGCAGCUGGAGGAAGAGCGGCACCGGCGGCAGGUCCUGGAGCAUGAGCUCAAGACCCUGAAGAAAAAGCUGGAGCACCUAGAGAAGAUGGAGGUCAAGGAGAAGGUGGUCCUCUCCAAGAGCAUCCAGGUGGAGAGAGGUGACACCGAGCAGGAGAUUCAGAGGCUAAAGAGCAGCCUGGAGGCGGAGAGCCAGAGCAAGAGGGAGCUGGACGCAGAGGUGAGCCAGCUGGAGGCCAAGCUGUCGGAGCUGGAGUUCUGUAACUCCAAGUCAUCCAAGGAGCUGGAUUUCUUGAGGGAAGAGAACCAUAAACUGCAGCUGGAGCGGCAGAGCCUGCAGCUCGAGGCCCGCAGGCUCCAGUCCGAAAUCGAGACGGCGGUGGCGGAGACGCAGGGCCUAAGGAGCAUGCCGGUGGCGGCAGACCCUGGGGCGCAGCUCGACUGCCGCCUCCGGUCCCUGGAGCAGGAGCUGGAUGACCUCAGGCAGCUCUCUAGAGACAAAGACCUGGAGAUCGACGAGCUGCAGCGACGCCUGGGCUCUGUGGCCAUCAAGCGGGAACAAAGGGAGAACCACCUGCGGCGCUCCAUCGUGGUCAUCGACCCCGACUCGGGCCGCGAGCUGUCCCCAGAGGAAGCCCACCGGGCUGGCCUCAUCGACUGGAACAUGUUUGUGAAACUCAGGAGCCAGGAGUGCGACUGGGAGGAAAUCUCCGUCAAGGGUCCCAACGGGGAGUCCUCUGUGAUCCAUGACAGGAAGUCUGGCAAGAAGUUCUCCAUCGAAGAGGCCCUACAGAACGGAAGACUGACCCCUGCCCAGUAUGACCGCUACAUCAACAAGGAUAUGUCCAUCCAGGAGCUGGCCGUCCUAGUGUCCGGGGAGAAGUAGGCACGGCCCCACCUUCACCUUCCUGGAAGCAGAUGCUGGCUCUCUCCUGCCCAGUACUCUCCCAUCUUUUCUCCCUGGCCCCGUGCAGCUCCUAAUCCGUGCAGAACCCCGUGUGUCCCCCCAGCUGCUCAGAGCACAGCUCAACCACAAGCGGGACAGGCACCUGCUGAACCGUCAUCCAACCAGGUGAGUGACCUGCUUCAUCUCCCGAUGAUUCAAACCCGCAGUGCCCUUCGUCUUUCUCCUUUUCCCACACAGUCCCAUAAACAGACUCCUUCCAGGUGUGAUACCUGGAAGCAACUGAAAACUGCGAAAGCACACGACGACCAACAACUGGGGUGGACAAGCCCACUCCAUGCAGCACUGACCUCCACACCCCAGCACGGGAAACUCUAGGGCAGAAAGGCCUCCCUGCUUCAGCAAAGCAACAGCUCCCCAGGCCUGCAACCUGCAUUCACACCCCUCGGGAUUCUGGCUCAGCCGACUCUUCAUCAGAGGCCUUCUGGGGAGACGGAUCUGGGCUCUAUGCCAGAAAAGGCGCAAAGAAACCAGAACAGCAUCUGACCCUGGUGCUCGAAUGAAGCUUAACUGUCAAGCCAUACUGUCCCAAGAAAACGCACCAUCGGGGAACGUUUCACAUUUUGAAAUUAAAGUACUUUCCUAGUGGACUGUGUUGCUGUUAGCCUUAGAUUCGGUGCCUAGUCCUGCUUAUUAUCUCACUGCCAUUAGUAAACUCCACAGUUGAUUUUCUACCAAACAAAUUUCGGGUCCUCUGUAUCUCACGUAUUAUGUAAGAAAAUGGGAAGUAAUAGGGAACUCUAUUUAUAGUGCAAAAAUAAACACCUGGUGGCUUGAUUCUAA